GUUCGAGCCUAGCAGUUACUUGUAUAGGCUUAACCCCUACUGUUUUGGGUAAGCAUGUGAAGAGAGGGUUCGACUUGAUAUGAUUGUUGACAACUACGCCCAGCGGAACGACAGUCCUGGACCAACAGUAAUCAAACAAUGACGGUGAAAAAUGAUGAAAGCAAUGGGUCUUCUGCCACACUUGACUUUAGAGAUUUCCUGGAUAUUCAUGGGAUGGGGCAGCUGAAGAUGUUGGACACAGUUGAUUAUCCACACUCGAUCAAGCUCGAACCCCCGAGCCCGCCGGUGCCCCACCUGUCCCGCCGUCUCCCCCACCUCCAAAAUGUUCCCAUAGGAAUUCAGUCGCAGAAGCACAUUUGCCAAACCUUGUCUCAAUCUAUCGUGUAUCCACUAUCAUGAACAUAACAGGCGACAUUACCCCUCCCCUGGGUCCGACCCAGCUUGCAGCGGGCCAUGCGCCUCCAACACCCCCCUACGGAUCCGCACUCGAUGAUAUCUACGGCUCUGCGCCUACCUCACCGUUUCUCGAUGCACAAGCCUCCGAUCGCACGCACGAGAUGCUGUCUGAUCUGCCUUCGCGCCAGCGCGCCCUCGAUGCCGACGCCUACCGCGAAGGCCUAGCCUCCGCAAAGGGACAAUAUGUGCAAGAAGGCUUCGACGAAGGGUACGCGCUGGGUGCAGACUUGGGAUUACGCGUCGGCUACGUCUUGGGCGUACUGCGAGGCUUCGUAGGCGCGUGGAAGGGACACAAUGAAACCACCCACGACGAGGUCUGCAAGUUGUACGGGGAAGCGCAGAAGGAGCUUGCGAUUGAGCAGCUACUGGGUCAGACCUGGGUUGAUGAGGAGGGUAUAUGGAAGUGGGAGGUCCAUGGUGCGGAUGGGGAAGCGACGUUCAGGGAAGUCGCGGCGCAGCAUCCUGUAGUGAAGAAGUGGGACGACAAGGUCGAGGAGUUGGCGACACAGUGGGGUGUCGAUCUGAGGACUGUGGAAAGAAUGAGUGCGAAGGAGGAGGAGGAGCAGUCGUGAAGAGCGUGCGGAGCAUGUCCUCACACUCUAACAGAGCGCGUCCCACGCGGACUACGAUCCAAACCCAGGUUUUGGAGAGAUGGCCGUGCAUUCUUCCAGUGUUAUGCCGUGCGCGGCCACCGCAUGCCUCGGUACCUCUAUCGCCAGCCUUUGAGUCUGCAACAAG